AUGCCGUCGUGUCCUGUACCAGUUCUGAUCUCUCAAAAGGAUCUGCCACGUGUCCUUGCUAUCGUGGUGUUUGGUCUCGUCGCUGUCUCGUUACUGGCACUUCGAUUAAACAAUUUCUUUGCUGCGGACGACCAGAAUGAAAGCUUCAGCUUCCCCAAGGUGAAGGUGUUUAUUGGACUCUACACAAUGAUGUUGGUGGUCUCUCGCUUCUACGAGCACGGCACCUACGUCUUGUACGAGAUGUUGUGGGGGUGCAACGUCUCCCUUGUACUUGUCGUCAUGGCUCUCUCUUUGUCCAACACAUUUCUGGUGGGCGUGACGAUGGUGAUGGUGUCAGGAGACCAUUUGCUGUGGUACAUUGACACGCUCUCAUUUCUACUAACUGGCAAGUUUAUCACGGGUGCAAUGAAAUACUUUUCGUGCCCGGAAAAUCGCUCGUUCUCCAAGACGGUCUUUGCAACGCACCACUUGUGGUUCUUGCCCGUUUGCUUCUACAUCACGACUCCUCAUGGUGGCAUGCACAGCUCAAGCUACAUGGGUUCAUGUAUUUUGUCUUUUUUCUUGGCUUCAUACUGUCGUGCUUUCACGCCUUUUGAAGUUCGAGUACCUGGUAGUGAAAACGUUUUGCAUUUGAAUGUCAAUGGUGGCUACGCAUUUUGGAAGGACAUCGACAUUCCGCUGCUCCAUUUGCUGGAUCAUCACCAUCCAGCGUUGUACCUCCCCUUUCUUGUAAUUGUAGGAAAUCUCGUGGCAAAUGGUUUCCCACACAUUUUGAUCCUAGGUAUCAGCCUUGGACUUCAGCACAAUCCGCUCCUGGAAGGCAUCACCCACUGA